AUGAUCAGCCCACUUUUACUUUCUCUUUUUGCAACUGCAGCCAUUGGGGCUCCGCAGUCUGCCGAUUGUCGAUGUCGCCCUAGUGACAGCUGCUGGCCAUCCGCAAAAGAAUGGUCAUCAUUAAACAAGACCAUCCAUGGGAACCUGGUAGCAGUCCGUCCUGUGGCAUCGGUUUGUCACCAGCCCGAGUACAAUGCCGAUGCAUGCAGAGUCGUGACCGACAGUUGGACCGACUCUGUCUGGCGUUCCUCGCAACCAGGGGCUGGUCAAUGGGAGAAUUGGGAAGUCUGGCCGGAACGUAAUCAGUCGUGUCAUAUCGAGUCGCCCCAAAAUACCGCCUGCCAGCAAGGACGCAUCUCGCUAUAUUCCGCCAUAGCUCAGAGCGCGUCUGAUAUCCAACAUACUGUCCGAUUUGCUAGCACUCACAACCUGCGACUGGCUAUCAAGAAUACCGGGCAUGACUUCUUGGGACGCUCGACGGCCCCCAAGUCGCUGCAGAUUCUCACGCAUAACAUGAAGGACAUCAAGAUUGUGGACUGUUUUGUGCCCAAGGGAUCGUCGAAGAGUGAGGGUCCCGCGAUUACGAUCGGUGCUGGUGUACAGCUUCCGGAGAUAUAUGAAGCUGUAGCUCAGCACAAUCGCACGGUCAUCGGGGGCUCCUCGCACACUGUGGGUGCUGCUGGAGGAAUUCGAGGUGGUGACGGCCGACGUGGCGGUGGAACCUUCGGCGUGGUCACCAGCGUGACCCUGCGUACUUUUACGGAAGUACCAGUUGUCCUGUACAAUUUCAACAUUACUACUGCUGGGGGUGAUCCUCGCUUCUGGGAUGCAUUCGCCGAAUGGCACGCAGCACUCCCAUCCCUCAACGACGGUGGAGGUUCCGGCUAUUAUUUCGGUCUCCCGAAUAAUCCCAUCAGUGCGAGUAUCAGCGUGUCAACCAUUAUGUCCCUCAUGAUGUUCCCUGAAAAGAGCGACGUCGCCCAAAUCGACUCCUUAUAUCAACCGCUCGCCGCAAAGCUACGACAGAUCGGCGGCAUCCAGAUCGCAAAUGCAUCCAUUCCCUUCCCAACGAUGAAUUCCACCAUGUUCACUAUGUUCAUUGGUGGCCGAUCUGAUAGCACAGGAGGCAUUGCCAUGCUGGCAUCCCGUCUAUAUUCCAAAGAUCUCCUGACCUCUCAAGAUGGCCCCGGACGUCUGGCCAACGCCUUCAAGAGCAUCAAGUGGAAUCCCUUCACCGAAUUCAUCGGUCAUGUUGUGGCUGGUGGUGCUGUCGCUGCCAACGCUGACAAGGUUGACAGUGCUGUCAACCCGGCCUGGCGCAAGACCAUAUCGCAUCUGGUCUUCUCCCGAUCGUGGGCGGCUACUGCCACUCUGGCAGAGCUGACGGCGGUCAUCAAAAACAUGACUGAUGUGGAGAUCCCCAUUCUGCGGGCUGUCGAGGGCGAAGAUCAGAUGGGUGCGUAUAUGAAUGAGGCUAAUGGGUAUGAACCUGGCUUCCAGGCUGCAUUCUGGGUUGCCAAUUAUCCUCGUCUGUACAGAAUUAAGCAGAAGUGGGACCCUAAAGGUCUGUUCAUUUCUCGGAAGGGUGUUGGUAGUGAGGACUGGGAUGAUGCGGGUUUGUGUCGUAUUUGA